CCAACCAUCCAAGUCUCCAACCCACAGAAGCACACCUCGCUCUCCUCCCACUCCACGCCACAGAUCUCUCCCUCUCCGCCCCCUCCCCCUUGCUCCCCGCUCUCCACGCCAUGGCCGAGGACGCCCCCAACGCCGGCGCUGAGGACAUCCACCCCGCGCCCACUGAAUCCUUCGCCGACGCAGCUGCCCCUCCGGCGUCGGCAGAGAAGUCCUCGUCGGAGACGCUGCUCCCGUCGCUCAGCAUCUGGCCGCCGUCGCAGCGCACGCGCGACGCCGUUGUCCGGCGCGUCGUGCAGACCCUGUCCGCGCCCAGCGUCCUCUCCCAGCGCUACGGCGCCAUCCCCGAGCCCGAGGCCGAGGUCGCCGCAGCCGCCGUCGAGGCCGAGGCCUUCGCCGCCGCCUCGGAGUCCGCCGCCGCCUCCCCCGCCUCCCUGGAGGACGGGAUCGAGGUCCUCCAGGCCUACUCCAAGGAGGUCAGCCGCCGCCUCCUCGAGCUCGCCAAGUCGCGCGCCGCUGCCGCCGCCGCAGCUCCAGAGACCCCCGCGGAACCGAGCGGUGAAGAGUCGGAGGGUUCGUCGGUGACUGCUCCGCCCCCCACGGAGGAGUAAGGUGCUGACCCCGAGCCUUGAUCCACCGAGGAGUGCUGCUAUUUUGGCAUUUCGUUGGGGAUUAUCUAUUGUUAUUACUACUACUUUAUUAGAGAUGCCUAUGCGAUGGGGAAUUGAUGUUUGUUUCAUGAACCUGGUACCUUGCUACAAACUUUAAGCUAUUAUCAGCCUAUCAAGGGUGCAUCAUUGUCCUUAAGGUGUGCAUGAAUGAUUCAUCAGGUCAUCUGUACUGGCUGCAGUAGAUUGCAAGCAGACUGUACCAAUGAAUAUUCAUAGCAAUGGUGCCAAUUGUAUGCUUGUUCCUUC